AUCCAAGUUUUCAAAUAAUCCAAACUGAUAUUUCCAAAUUGAGAGAGAUAAAGGAGCAUUUAAUGACGACGGCGGAAGAAAAAACCGGUGAAUCUCCUGUCCCGGCGCCGGAGAAUACUGUGGCUGUGGCGGUCGAGGAAAAGGCCGUAAAAGAACAGAAAACCCCAGAUUCUUCAGUAGAGAAAACACCAUUGGAUAGAGAUAUUGCACUUUCCCAGGUCGAGAAUGAAAAGAGGUUGUCUUUCAUCAAGGCUUGGGAAGAAACCGAAAAAUCUAAAGUACAGAACAAAGCUGAAAACCAGCUCUCAACUGUCACUACAUGGGAAAAUACUAAGAAAGCGAAAAUUGAAGCCCAACUGAAAAAAUUGGAGGAAGAAUUGGAGAAGAAAAAGGCUGAUUAUGCAGAGAAAAUGAAGAACAAAGUUGCUUUAGUUCACAAGGAAGCAGAAGAGAGGAGAGCUUCGGUUGAAGCAAACCGCGCUCAGGAUGUUCUCAAAGCUGAAGAAUUGGCUGCUAAAUACCGAGCCACUGGUCUCACUCCCAAGAGCGGGUUUGGCUGCCUCGGCGCCUAGUUAAAAUCCCGUCUUUUAAUUUUAAAGUUUGAGCCGUGUGAUUGUUUUCAUUGUUACUUUUCAAAAGUUGUUUUUCAUUAUGUACUACUGCACUGUUAAUAUAUAUGUAUAACAUAUGAACUUAUUGAAGGAGAGAUAGAAAUGUAUUUAAUGGUGCAUGCAUGAGCUUGACAAUAAUUUUGAAUGUUAGAGACUUGAGAGUAUUUCAUUUAGGACUGGGUUGA